UUCCCAUCUCAAAGCAUUGAGUGUCCUACCCCUGGUGAAGUAGCAUUGAUAUUUGUUAGGAUGAUCGAAGUGCGGUAUACCCGUAAUCUAUUCCUACGUGGAAUUUGUAUCAUUUACCUCUUUGCAUUUGUGAGCUUCUAUGUUCAGAUACCAGGACUUUAUGGAGACAAUGGAUUAUUACCAGCAAGAACGCAAUUAGAUUUCAAAGGAAAACCAUCAUUGUUGCAGAAGUUUAGUCAAAAACCAACGCUAGCAUGGUUUGCUCCUUAUUUAGGGUUGAAUGUUGAAUAUACUCUUGAUGUAAUAGCUCUACUUGGAGCAGUGAUAUCAUUUUUAGGAUUUAUCUCCCAAAGAUUUUGUACGUGGCCAAUUUUUAUGGCAUUAUGGUCUCUUUAUUACUCGCUUUAUCAAGUUGGACAAGUUUUUAUGCAGUAUCAAUGGGAUACUUUAUUGUUAGAAGCAGGAUUUUUGUGUAUUCUGAUCGCACCAUUUUAUGUUCCGGCAAAAGGAAAAAUAAGUACACCUAGUGAUACCGUUACAUUUUGGUGUGUACGUUGGCUUUUAUUCCGAUUCAUGUUCUCCAGUGGUGUUGCUAAACUAGCUUCAGGAUGUCCCGCCUGGUGGAGCCUUGAUGCUCUUUCACGUCAUUUUGAGGUCCAAUGCCUUCCUGGAGUAUUUGCUUGGUUCGCUCAUCAUAUACCGUCGUGGUAUCUCCGUUUAACUACGGUCACAAGUAUUAUAUUUGAAUUGGCCAUUCCAUUCUUGUACUUUUUCCCAAACAGAAAAGUUCGUCUAGUAGCAUUUUAUAUUCAGAUUUAUCAGUAUUUGCACAUAAUGGCCACAGGAAAUUGGAAUUUCCGUGACUUCUUGGUGAUUUGUUUGUCAAUUGGACUAUUGGAUGAUCAAUUCUUUUAUAAAAAAAAAUCAAAACAUGAAUCUUCACGUUGGAAAAAUCAUCUUUCCACUUUAGUUUGUAUUUUGGUCUACGCAGCUGUUGUAUACGGAACAAUAGUAUUUUACAGAUUACGAUUACUUGAUAAUUGGACUAUUCAGUCUGAAAUUGGAUUUACACAACAAGAGUUUACUUAUUAUCUCGGUAAAAUAAUUGUUGCUUCAUUUAUCAUCGGAAUAGUUUCAUUAGGAUUUACAGUAGCUGAUGCAAUCACUCACUCCCUUUUAUCAACCAAGGGAUCAAUAAAUACAAUAAUUACUUUUAUUACUACCGUAUUUUAUACAAUUGCUGUAUGCCUGAUUUUUGCUACAAGUUUGGUUCCAUUCUCAAGUUUGCAUCCGUCUCACAAUAUAACGAUUCCAACCCAAGUUAAACAUAUGUACAUGAAAGUUGAACCUUAUCGUAUUGUCAAUGGAUAUACUUUAUUCCGCCGUAUGACAGGACUCGACGGACGUCCAGAAAUAAUAAUCGAAGGAAGUAAUGACAUCGACGGGCCAUGGAAAGAGUAUGAAUUCCUUUAUAAACCAGGAAAUGUUAAUCACUCAAUGCCAUUUGUCGCACCACAUUCACCACGUUUGGAUUGGCAAAUGUGGUUUGCUGCACUGGGAACAUAUCAUCAAAAUCCUUGGAUUAUGUCUCUUACUUACCGAUUACUCAGUAAUCAAAAAGAAGUAUUGGCUUUACUAAAUAAUGUAGAGAAACCAUUCGGUGACAAACCUCCAAAAUAUAUCCGUGGUAAUCUUUAUCAUUAUCAUUUUGUACCAUGGGAAAGAAACUGGAAUAGCGAAAGCUGGUGGACUAGAGAAAAAGUUGGAGAAUAUUUCCCAAUAUUUAGUCGCGAUCAUCCACCAUUGUUGGAAUAUCUUAAAAAGUUAAAUAUUUUACAAGAUAAACCAACCACUAAAGUAACAAAUAAAGUAAUGAAGACAGUUCUUGAUAGUCUGAGAAUGGUAGUUGAAAAAAUAGAACCCAGUUUACUUAUAUGGAGUAUCUUUACCGCAGCAUGUGCAAUAAUUAUGACUGGUAAAACUACUCAUCCAUCAAAAAAAAAUAAAUAGUUUUUUUUUUAAGUAUAAUAAUUAAUUUCAAUAAACAAAAGUGAUGUUAAAUGUAUAAUAUAUCUUUAUAUAACUGCAUUUUAUUAAAUAUUUAUCUAUCAACCAGUGUAUAAUUCACAAAUCAAGACUUUAAUAUAGUAAAUCUAUUGUGAAUCUCUAUAUGUAAUCAUUUUUUUUUUUUUUUUUUUUUUUUUAUUAGUACAUAUAAAAUAAUUUUUAAUAUUUUUUUUUUGCUCUUCCAUUUAAA